CAUCCAAUACUCUGACCAAUCGUUGUCUCAAUCGCUACCACAACCAGAGGAAGACAAUGACUGUGGAACCGCUGACCAUCGAUGGCUUUCAAGUGCUAUUCCCAUUCAAACCAUACGAUAUUCAAGUGGAGUACAUGAAGAGUGUUAUCCAAUGUCUUCAACAGAAAUCCAAUGGUCUUCUGGAGAGCCCGACGGGAACGGGAAAAACGCUAUGCAUUUUGUGCGCAACACUCGGAUGGCUGGACAAGAAACGGAUGGACACAUUCAGACGGGUGGCGGCCGCGAAGACGGGCACC